AUGCUGCGACCACCACUACUGCGUCACGCCCGACGCGCACACACAUCGGCUUUUAAGAACAAUCCACAUCUGGAUGAAAUAAUUAGAGUCGAUCACGCUGGAGAGUUAGGUGCUGACCGCAUAUAUGCGGGUCAGAUGGCAGUUUUGGGUACGUCAAAGGAAGGACCUCUGAUCCAACACAUGUGGGAGCAAGAGAAGAAACAUCGACAGAAAUUUGAGGAACUCAUUUCAAAGUACCGAGUCCGACCUACAGUUAUGACACCACUGUGGAAUAUAGCUGGUUUCGCCCUUGGAGCAGGCACAGCCUUACUCGGCAAAGAAGCAGCCAUGGCUUGUACAGUAGCAGUAGAGACUGUAAUAGUUGACCACUACAAUGACCAGCUUCGAACUUUAAUGGAGGACCCUCAGAUUGACAAGGAGAUACUGGACACCAUCACCCAGUUCCGCAAUGAGGAGCAGGAGCACCACGAUACAGGAAUAGACCAUGGAGCAGAACAAGCACCAUUCUAUCAGGCCCUUACUGAAGUUAUUAAAACAGGAUGCAAAGUUGCCAUUGCUAUAUCAAAGAAGAUAUAA